AUGUUUCGGAACUUGCAAGAUGCAGAGCAAGAUCGUCUCCUGGAGUACAUCAACACCAUCUGGAGCACUGGGGCUCUCCCGGACAGCUGGCUGACCGCGGUGGUGGCGCCAAUCCUUAAGCCACGGAAACCUGCGGCGGCACCCUCCUCGUACAGGACAGUUUCUCUCACCUCUGCCGCCUGUAAGGUGAGGAAGAAUAUUGUCCAGGGACGUAUGAAAUGGAUCGCCGCGCAGGUGCACUACUUCCCGAAGCAGCAGACCGGCUUCAAGCGCCACCGCUGCACCGCCGACUCCAUCACCGACGUCAUGGCCUCACUGGACGAUGCAAAGAAAAGUGGUGACGUGGCCCAUCUCGUGCCGCUUGACGUGCAGAGCGCCUUUUACCGCCUGCCCCACGUUGUCAUCGAGGCCUUCUAA